AUGCCCGACACACCAGACACAGAGUUCGCUAGAGAGAUGAGCGAUCUUCAGAGUGAGGUCAGAUAUAAAGAGGACGGGAGGAAGAAACUGUCGUGUAGUCUGUACUCUCAGCUGGCCGACACGACUGACACGCAACACGCCAAACGCAUGACGGAUCUGCAGAGCGACAAUAAAUACAAAGAAGCUGGCAGACAAAACGCUUCCACAUGUCUGUACUCACAACUGCCUGAAACCCUGGAGACUCAACACGCUAAAGAAGCGUCCCAGCUACAGAGCCAGGUGACGUAUAAGGAGGGUCAGUCGUGUGCGUCCAGCUCUCUGUUCUCCACGCUGGCCGAAACGCCGGAGAUUCAGUCCGCUCGAGAGAUCACAGAGACCAUCAGUGAGAAUAAAUACCGCGAGCAGAGCAGGAAGAGCAUCAGCAGCUGCAUUUACUCUCAGCUUCCUGAAACUCCAGAGACUGAGUUCAGCAGGAGCGUCUCUGAGCUGCAGAGUCAGGUGAAGUAUAAGGAGGCCAGUAAGCAGCAGAUGAGCAGAUCUCUGUACCAUCAGCUCCCAGAGACUCCAGAAACUCAACACGCUCGAGACGCCGCUCACAUCCAGAGCCAGCUGAAGUACAGGCAGGGCCGGGCGUCUGUGAUGGGCAGUAGUUUGUUCUCGCUGAUGACAGAGACGCCGCAGAACGAGUUUGUGAAGCAGCAGAUGGAGCUCCAGAGUGAGCUGAAGUAUAAAGCUGAGCUGAAGGAAAACUCCAGUAAUCUGUACUCGCUCAUGCCCGAGACGCUGGACACGCAGUUCGCCAAACACGCCGCGGAGUUACAGAGUGACGUGAAGUAUAAGGAGGCCAGUAAGCAGCAGAUGAGCAGAUCUCUGUACCAUCAGCUCCCAGAGACUCCAGAAACUCAACACGCUCGAGACGCCGCUCACAUCCAGAGCCAGGUGGAAUAUAAAGGCAUCAGGAAGGGCGAUUUCUCGGGUUCCUCCUUCACUGCGGUCCCAGACUCGGCAGAGAUGAAGUUCGUUCAGCAGAUCUCGCACAUGCUCAGUGAGAAAGAGUACCGUGAGGAGGGCCGGAGGAACCUCUCGUCCAGUGUUUACUCUCAGCUGGCCGACACUCCAGAGACUCAGUUCAUCAGAUCAGUGUCUGACCUGCAGAGCGAGGUCAAAUACAAGGCGUCUGGGAAGCAGCAAGUGAGCGACUCGCUGUACGCCACACUGCCAGAGACGCUGGACACGCAACACGCUAAACACGCCACCGCCCUCAUCAGUGAGGUGAAGUACAAAGAGGACAGCAGACAGAGUUUGUCCAGUCCAUUAUUCACUCGACUGCCAGAGACGCUGCAGACACAGACGGCCAGAGAGAUCGCAGACGCACAGAGCAACGUCAGAUAUAAGCAGAAGAAUGAUCAGGUCAGUCUGUAUUCACUCCUGCCGCAGACCGCAGACACAGAGUUCGCCAAACACAUGAGCGACAUCCAGAGUGAGCUUCAGUACAAGCAGGAGGGUAAGAAGGAAGCGGAGAGCAAUCUGUACAGCCUGAUGCCACAGACGCUCGAGACUGAACACGCUAAAGACGCCUAUGAGUUGCAGAGUCAGGUUAAAUAUAAAGAGAAGAACAGAACAGAUGCAUCUCUUUACGCCUGUCUGCCCGAGACUCAGGACACGGAACAUGCCAAACACGCAGGAGAGCUGCGGAGUGAGCUGAAGUAUAAAGAGGCUGUGAAGAACGAUCUGUCCUCACCACUGUACUCACAGAUGAGUGACACUGCAGAAAUCCAGCGGCUCCGAGAUCUCACUGCACUGCAGAGUCAGGUUCAGUAUAAGACUGAAGGACAGAAGCUCUUGAGCUCCAGUGUUUAUUCUCAGAUGGCAGAUACUCCAGAGACACAGUUCAUGAAGACAGUGACUGAACUCCAGAGCGAUGUGAAGUAUAAGGAGGCCAGUAAGCAGCAGAUGAGCAGAUCUCUGUACCAUCAGCUCCCAGAGACUCCAGAAACUCAACACGCUCGAGACGCCGCUCACAUCCAGAGCCAGGUGAAGUAUAAAGAGAAGAUAAACUCCUCGUCUCUUUACUCUCGUCUGCCGGAGACACCAGAGACUCGACUGGCCAGAGAGCUGACGGAUGUCUGCAGCGAGGUCAGAUACAAAGAGGACGGGAGGAGGGACGUGUCGUCGUGUCUGUACUCACAUCUGCCCGAGACACCGGAGACGCAGUUGGCCAAACAGCAGACUGAGCUCCAGAGCCAGAAUCAGUACCGGAGAGAGACGCAGGAGGAUCUGUCUCACUGUCUGUACUCACAGCUGCCCGAGACGCUGCACACACAGUUUGUGAAGGAGCUGACGCCGCUCAUCAGUGAGAGCAAAUACAGAGAGUCUGGGAAGAAGGAGAGCAGCACGUGUCUGUAUCACACGCUCCCAGAAACCAAAGACACGCAACACGCCAGAGACGCCACACAGAUCCAGAGCGAGGUCAGAUAUAAAGAAGGGAAGAGUCUGCAGUCGUGCAGUGUUUACUCUCAGCUGCCGCAGACGCCGCAGACUCAGCUCGCUGCCAGAGUCUCUGAGCUUCAGAGCGAUAAUAAAUACAGAGAGGACGGCAGGAGGAGCGUCUCCAGCUGCCUGUAUUCUCAGCUGUCCGAGACGCCAGAGACCCAGUUUGUCCGAACAGUGACCGACCUGCAGAGCGACAGUAAAUAUAAAGAGGCAGGAAGGAAGCAGGCGUCCGGUGCUCUGUAUUCUCUGCUGCCGGAGACUCUGGAGACUCAACACGCCAAAGACGCCACGGACCUCCUGAGUCAGAUGAAAUACAAGGAGGAGGCUAAGAAAGAGGCUUCUGUCAGUCUGUACGCUCUUCUGCCAGAGACGACUGAGACUCAGCACGCCAAACACGUCUCUGAACUCCUGAGCGAGAAUAAGUACAAGCGGAGCAGUAAACAGGAGAACAGCAGCAGUAUUUACUCCCAAAUGCCACAAACACAGGAAACACAGUUUGCCAAACAGAUGGCGGAGCUUCAGAGUGAUAAUCAGUACCGGAGAGAGACGCAGGAGGAUCUGUCUCACUGUCUGUACUCACAGCUGCCCGAGACGCUGCACACACAGUUUGUGAAGGAGCUGACGCCGCUCAUCAGUGAGAAUAAAUAUAAGGAGGAUGGAAAGAAGGAGCUGCAGAAGUGCCUGUAUGCCCAUCUGCCAGAAACCAGUGAAACACAACACGCCCGAGAGCUGACACAACUCUACAGUCAGAAGAGCUAUAGAGACUCUCUGGACGCUCAGGUGUGUUUGUACACUCAGAUGCCUCAGACCAUUGAGACGGUGUUCGCUAAAGAAGUGUCCAAACAACAGAGUGACAAACUCUAUAAAGAGAAGUUUAACUCCGAGAAAGGCAAAUCAAAUUACUCACAGAUGAAGGAUCUGCCCGACGUCACACACGCCAUACAGGUCAACAAACACCAGAGUAACGUGGCGUAUCGCCGAGGGAAAGAGGAGCUUCAUAGAUUCAGCGAGGUGAUGGACAGACCUGACAUCCGGAACGCCACACACGCCAGUAAACUCGCCAGUGACGUGGCCUACAGAAGUAAAGUGGACGUGUUUGACCAGCGAGCGCUGCUGGAGCGACCCGACAUACAACAUGCCCAAGAAGCUGCGCGACUGGCCAGUCAGGUCAACUACAAGCAUAAGUUUGAGAAGAAUCUGAGAGAACAGAAGCCACAGUACAACCCCAGCGAGUGUGUGAGCUUCAGACAAACACAGGCCGCGUCGGCUCUGGCCAGUCAGGUGAAGUACAGUCAGAAGAAGCUGCAGGCCGUCACUGAUUUACCUAACCUGCUUCAUCUGGGUCACGUGCUCCACGCCAGCAAACUACAGAGCAACGUGGAGUACAGGAAGAAGUAUGAGGAGUCUAAGGGGCACUACCUCCUCGCUCUGGACACGGCUGAACAGCGCCACCAUCAGGAGAACGCUGUGCUGCACAGUCAGUGGAAAUAUAAAGAGGAAUACAAGAAGAACCGAGGGAAGUCACAGAUGGAGUUUGUGGACACACAGAUGUAUAAAGUGUCAAAGGAAGCGCAGAAGAUGCAAAGCGAGAAGGAGUAUCGUAAGGAGUAUGAGAGCCAGAUGAAAGGCAAGGUUCUGCUGGAGGUGGAUCUGACGCCAGCGUAUCUAUCGGCUCGUUACGCCAGCAGCCUCGUCAGUGAGAAGGAGUAUCGUAAGGAUUUGGAACAGGAAGUGAAAGGGAAAGGCCUGACAGGUCUGGAGGAAACACCAGAUCUGCUUCGGGUGAAAAACGCUGGGCACAUUCUGAGUGAGAAGGAGUAUCGUAAGGAUUUGGAACAGGAAGUGAAAGGGAAAGGCCUGACAGGUCUGGAGGAAACACCAGAUCUGCUUCGGGUGAAAAACGCUGGACACAUUCUGAGUGAGAAGGAGUAUCGUAAGGAUCUGGAGAGUGAGAUCAGAGGGAAGGGAACCGACGUCACAGCAGAUAGUCUGGAUAUCCAGAGAGCGAAGAAAGCAUCUGAGAUCAGCAGCGACGUGUCGUACAGACAGGCGUCUCAGCACAGAGAAUCGUCAUACAGUACGGUGACAGACACACCUGCGCUGCUGCACGCUGCUUACCUGAGAGACGUCUACAGUCAGAAGAAGUACCGUGGAGACAUGGAGCGUCUGAAGAGCUCGUGUUCUGCCGCAUCAGACACACCAGAGAUCCAGAGAGUGAAGAAUAACCAGCGCAACAUCAGCGCACUCUUCUACACAUGGGACUCGCGGCUGAUGAAGGGUCUGAUGUCAGCGGUCACUGACUCUCCAGAAAUCAAGCUGGCACGAGAAAACACCAAGAACAUCAGUGAUGUUCAGUACAGAGAGUCUGUCGGAUCCGGAACAGCCGUGACUGACACUCCUGAGAUGGAGCGCGUGCGCAGGAACCAGCACAACAUCAGCGACGCCAAGUAUAAGAAAGCAGUCGAUCCGGUCAGUGUGGGAGUGACACCAGAGCUGGAGCGGGUCAAACAGAACCAGCAGAACAUCAGCACGGUGCAGUACCAGCGCAGUUUUAAGGAGGUCAAAGGUCACUCCUGCUCAGAGCUGGAUACGCCUGAAAUGAGGCGUGUGCGGAAGUCUCAGGACGCUGUUUCCAUGGCGAAGUAUCACGAGGAGUUUGAGCGCUCGCGGGGUCGAGGGGCCACACACACCCUCGAUGAGCAGCACAUGGCACGUCUCCAUGGAGACCAGCUGAUGGGCGCCGGCGACGGUUACCAUGGCGUCCAGCCGCAGGUGGUUGAGAUGGACCGCAGAUCAGCAGGAGCCUCUGAGCUGAAGGUCUGGAGGACUGAUCCGGGAUCCAUCUUUGACUUUGAUCCAGUGGAGGACAAUAUUCAGUCUAAAAGCCUGCGCAGGAUGACGGAGCGUGUCAGCCGUGGCCCCCAGCGAUCGCUGUGCAGUUCUCCAGGCUCAGAGCUCUGGGCCGAUCGCAGUGUGUCCGUCUGCAGCAGCGCUUCUGCACUGCAGGACCGAUCCGCUUCAGGUGUGUACCAGCAUCACUCCCAUCAUCCUCAGCAGGGAUACGGACACAGCGCUCAGUCUCCUCCACACUCGACCUCCACGCAGAGGGUGUACCGGGCGCUGUAUGAUUACGCCGCUCAGGAUCACGACGAGGUCUCCUUCCGUGAUGGUGAUGUGAUCAUUAAUGCACAGCCCAUCGAUGAGGGAUGGAUGUUCGGCACGGUCCAGCGCACCGGAAAGUCUGGCAUGCUUCCGGCCAACUACGUGCAGUGUUUGAACUGAGAUCAUCAUUCACACAUGAACACACGACACUCACCUCCAGGGCCUCGCUUCUGACCCUAACGGCCUUCCAUAAGCA